AUGGCAGCACUUGCCGUCGCGUCCGCUGCUGCCACGGCAGCGGGACUGUCGUACCUAGACGCCAGGUAUCACAUUCGUCAAGACUGGAAGGUCAUCAGCGGAAAGAAGAAGGCCGGGAAGCUGCUUCAAAAAGCCCUCCAAGAGAAGCGCCUGUCUCCAUUCUACUUCUUUGAGAAACAUGCGCAACAGAAGCCAAAUGCUGAGUGCAUCUGGUGGAAGGGCGGCGGUUACACGUGGGGCGAAACAUACCACCGUGCUAACCAGUAUGCACAAUUCUUCCUGAGCCAUGGGGUCAAGCCUGGCGACCUUGUCGCUCUGUUUAUGGCCAACAGUCCCGACUUUGUGUUCGCAUGGCUUGGUCUUUUCGCCAUUGGUUCUGCACCGGCUUUGAUCAACCACAACCUCACCAAGGCGGCAUUGCUGCAUUGUCUUGGUAUCAGCAACGCCCCUCUCGUCCUCGCGGAUGGUAGGCCGGAACUCAUGGCCAGGAUCGAGGAGGUAACGGAGGAGCUGGCUCAGAAAGGAGUCCAGGUCGUCAAGCUUGACGAUGUAAGGGGCGAAAUCAAUGCAACGAAGGGUGACAGGCCCGCGGACCAAUUGAGGGAGAUUGUCAAGCCAAACUCCCCCUUCGGCUUGUUCUAUACCAGUGGAACGACCGGCAUGCCAAAAGCCUGCAUCAUUCCCGCAAUUGCAGGAUUCAACCACGGAGUCAGCAAAGAGUGCGGGUUCUCUAUCGUCCAAGGCGAAAAUGAAAGAUACUAUGAUUGCAUGCCACUGUAUCACGGCACCGGAGGUAUCAGUGGAAUGACACAAAUGCUUACGGGCACAACACUCUGUCUGGCCCCGAAAUUCAGCGCUUCUCGCUUCUGGGACGACAUUAGAGCAUCCCGUGCAACAUGGUUUGUUUAUGUUGGUGAGACGCUGCGCUAUCUACUAGCAGCGCCGCCUUCUCCACGGGACAAGGACCACAAUGUCCACUCCAUCUACGGCAACGGCCUACGACCUGACGUGUGGAAGAACUUCCGCGAUCGUUUUGGUAUCACCAGGAUCCAUGAGUUCUUCAACAGCACCGAGGGCAUGUUGUCGCUGGAGAACCCUUCGAGAGGCGAUUUCCAGGCCGAAUCUGUUGGCCACCACGGAUUGCUCCUGAGGAAUCGGUUUCACAACGUUUACGUUCCUGUCGCGAUAGACGCUGACACGGGCGACAUUGCGAAAGAUCCCAAGACGGGUUUCGCCCAGCGAGUUCCGUACGAGGUUGGCGGCGAGAUCCUGGUAGCACAACCGAGUGCAUAUGCGCCACCAUUCGUCGGCUACUAUGGAAAUGAGGAAGCGACCCAGAAGAAAUUUGUUCGCAAUGUCUUCAAGAAGGGUGAUCUGUACUACCGGACCGGCGAUGCGUUACGACGAGACUCUGAUGGCAGGUGGUACUUCAUGGACAGACUAGGUGAUACCUUCAGGUGGAAGGGAGAGAAUGUCUCGACGGCCGAGGUGUCAGAGGUCCUUGGACGGUAUCCGGGCAUCCUAGAAGCAACUGUCUAUGGUAUUGGACUUCCAGGUCACGAUGGCAAAGCCGGAAUGGCGGCGGUGUACAUUGAUCCGGCUUCCAAGUCAUUCGACUACGAUGGUCUCUUGAAGCACGCGCGGACACACUUGCCCAAGUAUGCCGUGCCCAUCUUCAUCCGGCAAAUCAAGGAGCGAUCAGCCACACACAACAACAAGCAGAACAAGGUUCCCUUGAAGAACGAAGGCAUCGAUCCUGCGAAGGUCAAGGGCGACCCGCUCUUCUGGAUCAGCGAACAUGGGAAGGGCUCCUCUUAUGUGCCGUACGGGGAGAAGGACUGGGAGGCUCUGCAAGGCGGCCGAGCAAAGUUGUAG